CAGACGCACAUGGGAUCCGUGCUGCGUACCGGGCAUCUUCAGCAACCCGCAGCCGAGCGGAGGGGACCUGAGCCCGGCGUGGAGCAGCACUCAACCUGCCUGGACUCUUCCUCUGACCCCACACUGGAGAACAUCUCCGAAUUUCCGAGGUGAUCUUUCCUCUCGGCGUGUUAUUUAUUUAUAUCCGGACCCUGACAGUCAUCCGCGGCGGACGAACUGCGUCUUAACGCGGAGAGGUCGGACUUGUUUGGCUGGGGAACACACACCAAAACACACGCGGAAACACUCCGGUCCUGUCGCCUCUCUUUCUUUUUUAUUUCCUGCUAGCUUUUUUCUCGACAUUUCUAUCGAACCAGGAGCUCGGAGGAUGAACUAGAAUCGCGAUCGCUUGUGUUUCACUGGAUUUAUUUCGCUGUGGAGGAAAAAAGAGAUCCCGGAGAGGAGCGGUGCGCAAAAAGCCGAGGUGUUCCUCUUCUCUCCUCUCCCUCUUUAUCUCCAUCUAUCAAUCUGUCUACCUGUCCUCUCCUGUCCAUCUGUCUCUUCAUUUGUUUCCCCUGUUUGUAGGUCCGUGAGAUUUUGCUAAAAUGCAUCAUCAACAGCGGAUGGCAGCUUUGGGAACGGACAAGGAACUGAGCGACUUAUUGGAUUUCAGCGCGAUGCGAAACAGCGAUUUGAAAAUGUUCCCAACAUCCAUGAUGUUUUCCCCUCCUGUUGGCAGUGGAAAGAACGGACCGCCGUCCCUGGGGAGCGGACAUUUCUCCGGCUCAAAUAUGGAGGAGAGAUCGAGUGCAGGAUCAUGGGCUAGUGGAAGUCGAUCUUCAAAGAGUUAUGCAGAUGGGUCUCAGUACAUGGCGUCACAUGACAGCCUCUCGCCUCCGUACGCGAACUCCAGCAGGCUAUCAGGAGGGAAAUCAGAGAGGAGUUCGUACUCGUACGGCAGAGAGUCCAACCCACACUGCCACCAGUCGGUAUUGGGGGGAGAGAUGGGUUUGGGGAGUCCCGGCGGCGCGGCGUCGCCCACCAAGCCAGCCGGGCAGUACUACCAGCACUACGGCUCCAACCCUCGGAGGAGAACGCUGCCGAUGGACACCAUGGAGGUUCACCCCAAAAAAGUGCGGAAGGUUCCUCCCGGCUUGCCGUCCUCAGUGUACGCUCCGUCUGCCAGUACAGCAGACUACAACAGAGACUCACCGGGUUAUCCCUCCUCCAAACCACCCAGCGCUGGCUUCCCAAGCUCAUUCUUCAUGCCAGACGGUCACCACAGCGGCGACCCCUGGAGCAGCAGCAGUAGCAGUAUGCCCCAGCAGGGUUACCAUGGCAGCAUGCUGGGGGGCGGGAACUCAGCCCACGGCCCCUCCCAGAGCUCCUCCUACUGCGGGAUUCACCCUCACGACAGAUUGGUGAGCAGGGCUGUCAAUCACAGGGAGUCUGUACAGGGCGUGACACAGAGUUACCCGUCGCACUCGUCUGCAGAUAUCAACUCCAGCCUUCCUCCGAUGUCCAGCUUCCACCGAGGGGGAGGGGAAGGAGGAGGGGGGGGCGGGGGGAAUCACUACAGCACCGCCUCGUGCACCGCUUCCACCAACGGCACAGAAAGCAUCAUGGCUAACAGAGCGCCGAACGCAGCAGCCAUCAGCUCUCAGACAGGAGACGCCUUAGGGAAAGCACUCGCAUCUAUCUACUCUCCGGACCACACGAACAACAGCUACUCGUCCAAUCCCUCCACACCAGUCGGCUCCCCGCCCUCCCUCACAGCUGCCAGUUCAGCUGUAUGGUCGAGGAAUGGCGGACAGGGAGCAUCAUCGCCAAACUACGAGGCUGCUCCACUGCACUCCCUGCAAAGUCGUAUCGAGGACCGCCUGGAGCGUUUGGACGAUGCCAUCCACGUCCUGCGGAGUCACGCGGUGGGGCCGUCGACGGGCAUGCCGAGCGGGCACGGAGAAAUGCACAACCUCACCAGCGCCGCACACACGCACAACGGCGCCAUGGGAGCUCUGAACAGCGGAUACGGGCCAGGACUGCUGUCGGCCAACAGACACCUCAUGGGAGGCUCUCACAGAGAAGACGGCAGCAGUGUGGGCCCUCUGCGUGGGGGCCACUCGAUGGGGGGGCCAGGGUCUCAGCUGGCGGGGCAGUCGGCCACCUCGCCGGACCUCAACCAGCCUGACCCGUACCGCGCCAUGUCCGGAGGCCACCAGGGUCAGAGCGCCUCCUCCGUCAGCUCUGAGAUCAAGUCGGAGGACGAGGGAGACGAGAACCUUCACCACGACAGCAAGUCCCUGGACGCCAAGAAGGAGGACGGGGACAGCAAGGACCUGAAGUCCAUUGAGAGCAACCCAGACGACGAGGACUUGUCUCCGGAGCAGAAGAUGGAGAGAGAAAGGGAACGGAGGAUGGCCAACAAUGCGCGGGAACGUCUACGCGUCCGCGACAUCAACGAGGCGUUCAAGGAGCUGGGAAAAAUGGUGCAGCUGCACCUGAAGAGCGACAAACCUCAGACUAAGUUACUGAUACUGCACCAGGCCGUGGCCGUCAUCCUCAGUUUGGAGCAACAAGUCCGAGAGCGAAACCUGAAUCCCAAAGCAGCGUGUCUGAAGCGCCGCGAGGAGGAGAAGGGCUCCAUGUCCUCGGACGGCGCUUCGCUCUCAUUGGCCGCCGCUCACCACGCCGCCGCCACCAUGGGCGAUGGGUCCAACCCCCUGGGACAAAUGUCAAAGGUGCCAGAGUUCAUCAAGAUGAUGAGUGACCACUUCCUCUGACAGCGUUUCCCUGCAAUCGAUCAACCACGUUGUUGCUUAAGCCUGACCAAUCAGAUUCUCUUGAUCUUCGGGCUGACCAAUCAGAUCAGCCUCCUUCUCUCCUCUUGUCUGUCUCUUAUCCUGCUCUUCACCUUCGUCUUCUUCUUCUUUCGGGAAAACGAACUACAGCGUCACGUUAGUCGCUUUUGUCACUUUGCAUCUCCAGCCGAAGUGAACUAGAUGCUACUUUGUGGAGACGUUCAAUGGCCGCCGUAAACAUGGCUGCUGCAAAGUGGCCGUCAGUGGGAGCUUCUGACACAAAGUGACAGCAAUGGACAAACUUCUUUGGAAUCACAUCAUCCGAGAAAUUCUUCUUCUUGUACUUCUUGUUUUAUCAGCAUUCCCAGUUUUAAUGAACAAAAUGGUUCUAUAUAUAGUAUAUAUAUAUACGACAAAAAGGACAAAAAAGGACAAAGAACUUGUCAAAAAAAGGGCAACUGGACGCAGGGAGUUUGGAGGGUUUGUGUUGGAGCAAGUUGUUCAGAACGGAGCAAAACAUAUCACAAAGUGUUAAAGAAUUUUUGUUUUCUUUAAAGCAACAUUGCGCAGCUGUUCUUGAAUGCAGCGCGUCUCUGACUGAAUGGCAAUCUAACGCCACACUGUGGAUUAAGCUGUGCCUGAUCUCCUCUUGGAUGCCAACCAGUCAGAUAGAAACACACGGAGAAGCAAAGCAAGAGAAAUUAAAAAAGAACCGGAAAAUCCAGAAAGAAUCACAGAAGCAAGCGGCCCACUCAUACAUCCCCUUACUAGUCACACAUCACAGAUUAAAGUACAAUGUAAACAAUAUUAGGUCCUGAUAUGCCGUGUCAUUCAAGCAGAAAUUAAGUUUGCAAGCGCUUUUUGACUAUCAUAGAUAACUAGAAUCAAACGGGGCUAAACAGCAAAAACAUGGGCAACUCGUUCUUCCCCUUCUAAUGCAUUCCCUCCUAACCUACUAACAUUCACCUUAGAUAAAAAAAACGUGAACGUGUUUAUGUAUUUUUAGCAGUGUUGACAAGUUGACUUUGUUUACGAAACAACUAAAUUGUACCUACUUCAAACCUUUUAGGAUGACCACAAUUUCAAAAAGGCUGAACAGUUGUAGAGUGUAUUUUCUGGAAGGAAGAGAAUACUUAAAAAAUCAAUCAGUUAUUCAACCAAUCAAUCAGCGAGUGACUCCAGGCGGACCGGGGUGUUUAAAUUAUUAGAGGUAGAGGAAUUACAGAAAUCAAAAAAGAAGAAAGAAUCAUGCAGUAAUUAAGAACUGUACUCUUAGACGUGGCAGGAAGAAAAUACUUCUAUUGACAUCUUUGUUAAGGAUUGUUGGGGUCUUUGAGGCCAGAAAGAAAGAGUAGGAAACACACCGAGUCCUUUGUUAGAUAUUCGUCAACAUGGUGCAGAGUUAGCAGAGUUUAAAAUUAUGUACAGGCCUUUUUUUAAAUCAAAAGAUUACCGGGCAGAUGGUUGAGAGCAUGGUGAGAUCAUACAAAUGAUACAUGGAUGACUGGAUUAGAGGGAAGAGGGCUGGACUGAGCACUGAAGUGAUUUCUAUUCCAUGUUUAGCACAUUCCCUGAAUCACCAAUGCUCUACUUGAAUCGAGUGGUUCUGGAAGUCCCAAGUCCUGAACCAUUAGAGUUGUGGGAGUCAUAAGAGGCGAAAGGAAUUAAGUGGGUCAACAUCCCCAUGAGCUACUAAUAGAAGGGAGAGUAUGGACAAUAGAAAUGAGAGGUCUAAAUUAUAAUGAAGCUAUUGGGGAAGCAAGGGAACAAUCGUCAGGGUGAAUACUUUCUUCUGGGGGCCAAGCAGCAGAAGUCAAAGCAUUCCUGUAUUGGAUUUAUUAGAUUCCUGUAUUCCCUGGAUUUGUAUCUCACCAAUCAUAACCCUAAACUUCUACCCUCUUAGACUUCUCCCCCUCCCUGAGUACGACCUUCGGGGACUAUCUGAUCGAAAUGUUCCGUCUUGCAGAUAACUGACAGGUUCAUUGUAGUUGAGAUGUUUGUUACUGGGACCUUACAUUUCCUUGACCUUGCAAUCCAGUUGCAUCGAUGCAUUCUUGAACAUUUCUAAAACCUUGAGUCUUGUUUUCUGCAUAGCAUUGUAGAAACUAGAGAAUCAAGUAUACUUAAAUAUCCCACAGUUCCAAUUGGAUUUUUGAUUUUGGAAGACUACUUUCUGUCCUGUUUGGGUUUAGACGAGCUAAGCUUGUUCAGAAACAAAACUAGUUGCGCUCCUUAGCCAUGGGACCAAAUGUAAACAGACCGCUACAGUUAGGGUUAGGGUUAGGGUUAGCCCUCAGACACUUUCAGCCAGUCAUGGCCCUCAAAAUAAAACCAGUAUACUCCUGUGUCAUUCCUUGUGAGUCUGGUAUCAGUCCAGCAUGGGUUUUGCUCAAUAUACAUGUAUCAAGUGACACCAUUGUCUGAGGCAAAUCCAAUAUGCGAGCCAAACCACUAAUAAAUAUGUUACUUCAGACAAAGGGUUGCUUUGUGAUAGAACUUUAGAAAACUGUAAAAGGUUAGGAUAGGUCAUUAACAAAACCUUAAAGUUUGUUGCAUUGCUAAGUAUCAAGGUGUACGCCCCUCCAACAGGUGAAGUUAUUCGGAAUAGCUGCAAGAACUUCCAUUGUUUUCUUGUUUUAAUCUGAAAGUCCCCUUUCACUUUCGCCCCAGUUUGAUCCUCUCUCAAUCCAGGCCUGUGUUUUAUAUCCAGUCCUAGUUCUGUCUUCUCUGCUGACCCUAGCCUUAUGAUCCCUAAACCAGAGCCCGAGCCCCUCUCCCCCCCCCCCCAAGCAGACCCGCAGAUGCAAUUUGAACAUUCACACUACCAAUGUGCCUUUUAGAGUUCAUAUCAUUCGAGUUGCCAGAGGAGGACAUUAAACUGGUCUUUUAAUAGGAUGCAAGCUUAGGGAAACCUGUUCUUAGUCAUUAGGUUCUAUGCAGUCAGGUUUUUUACCAGACCUGGGAAUUUAAAAAAAGCUAAAAAGGAAAAAAAAGUAUUUUUUGGAUAAAAAAAACUAAACUGUAUUUAAUGUACUGUACGCUUAUAUGUAAGUAGACAGCCUGUUCUGGCUCUGAGCCAAUGAGACAGACGCUUGAUUUAGCAGGACAAGUCCCUAUCCCCCCCCCCCCCCCCCCCAGUUUUCCAUACCCCCCCUGGUCCUAGCCCCAGCACUGUUUCCAUGGUGAACAACGCGUCUCUUCUUGUAUUAUAGCUUAUCAGCUUUUUAUCAAUAUUUGAUCGGCUUGUUCGUAAGCCAAUGUAGUCUUCAGUACAAAGUGUGUGGUCGUAUGUUGUAAAACAGAUUUUCUUUUUCCUCUCUCUCUCUCUUUUUUAAGAAGAAUCUUUUUUCUUAUUACUUUUUCUUUGUCUGUUCUGGUUUACAUGUCUAUUAUAGAAAAUGUAAAAAAAACAAAAACAAAAACAAACAAAAAACACAAUUAGCUAUCUGACAGCACCGUUUCUGUCCGUGCUCAUUUUUGAUGCGUUUUUAAAUGCUACCCAAACGACAGGAAGGCACGGAAACUGGAAAAGAAUCUAUUUGAAUAAAUCAAUCUAUAUAUAGAUGUACAAAAAAAUAUAUACGAUAUAUAAGGAGGGGUGCCAUUUUUUCUGUUAUUUUUUUUUAUUUUAUUUUCCAGAGGAGUGUUUGCUUGAGGACUUAUUUUCUCAAAGAUUGAACUGGCAGACGUUGGAAAGGCCCUUCAGUGUUACGAAAUGUUCAACUGACUUUGUUGUGUUCUCUGUUGUUGCCAUAACAACACCCUCUGACUAGUACGGCAUCCUGCGCAGGACAAAAAUGGGACCGGAGCGUCAUCAGCUCCAUUCACUGCUCUCUAUCCAAGGCAACAACACACAGACGUUUGUAAAUUGUAUGCAACAAAAUGGCAAACUUUACCAUUAUUUUGAAAUUGUGUAUGUAAAAGUUAUAUUUUUACAUGUAGACUGUUGUUAUUUUGUGUUUUAGAAAUAUGUUGUAUCGGUUUUUUUGUUAAAAUAUGAAAAAGUAAAAUUCAGUGUGUGUUGAAAAAAUGUGUCACAUUGAAAAUGUAGUGCGGUCAAAAGUUCAGAAUCAUUUUUUUUUUUAUUGUUUCAAACAUUAUGUUUAUAUCUGUGGGGUUCAUGGGAGGAAUCCGAAAACAUAAAAGAUAUAUGAUAUUUGUUUUAUUCUCCAUGCCUCAUGACAUUACCAUUUUUAAAUGUAUUUUUUGAAGAGAAUUGUGUAAAUAGUCAUAAAACUUUUUUUCUGUGGGGUGAAGACUUGCCAGUGAGGGGCGACGAUGAUGAUGAUGAUGAUGAUGAUGAUGAUGAUGAUGAUCUUGUUUUCCAUUUUUAGUGAUUUUGUAUUCGUCCCGUUACAGUAGCCAGGAGCCAACUGUUAGUAUGAGUCAGUUCUGUAUGUGGUUUAGGUUGACCAUCUGAAGUGGAAGUCAAAUUAUUCUCUUGGGUUGCACCAAGCAUCACUUGUGUCAGAGCCGGAUUGGGGCCUUUUUAGCGGCACAUUACAAAAUAAUUUCGAUUUUCAUAAGAAAAAAACGCACUGGUCACUGACAAAAAAAAGCAAACCUUAGAGAAAGUGUAAAAGCAAAUUAACAAGAACACAGGUAUUGUACGAUAACUGCAAAAUACGCUACCUGAUUCUGUUAUGUACCUCAAAAAUGAUAUUGUGAUCAUCAAAAAGCAUAACAAAAAUACAAAUUGGUUAUAACAAAUAACUAACCUGUUUCAGAAGUAGCUAUAAAAAACUUAAAGGUGGGGUAGGUAAGUUUGAGAAACCGGCUCGAGAUACACUUUUUGUUAUAUUCCAUGGAAUGCUCUUAACAUCCCGAUAGCAAUGAAUAUCUUAAGUGCUUUGACAAAAAAUCCAUAAAAAAAUGUCAUCUGUGGAAGCCGUAAUA